AUGGAUGAUGAUUAUGAAACAGAAGAAAAUAAUCUUUUACUUGAAAUGAUCCAUGCAUCAUUAAUUGCUUAUAUUGUUGCAGAUUUUUUUGGUCAAUUAUUAUUUUAUUCUAUUGAAACAAUUGUACAUCGUCUUCAUGUACAAGGUGUUCGUUCUAUUGUUGAUAAUACGGAUACCGCUGUCGGCGUAUUGCCUAUUGAUUCAUUUAUAUAUUAUAGAGAUUUUCGGUCUUGUUUAAAAUCAAUCAAAGAGAUGGAAGCAAGUGCAGAUUUAUACAAAGAUAUGGGAUGUGUAUCUACUUAA